ACCGUGUGCGUUUUGGUUUUUCGCCCUCUCGCAACCGCCCUUUCGUAGGCAGGCGAACGACUUAAGCGACCCACGUGUUCCGUUACCCGGAAUUUACCAUCCCCUGCCGCCCUUCUUUACACUAUCAGCUGUCCUCCCCUAGGACUUUCAGUUUCUUCCUAUUCUGAGUUCGGGUUGUGGUGUUGUUUGCUUGCGGAUUUUCCUCUGAGACUUGCAGUUGUGUUUCGUACGUCGUCUGGUCGGGAGUCGUUGGGUGGAAAGCCAGUGCCAGAGCUUUCAGUUCGCGGGCGCCCGUUCAGCUGUUUGGCAGUGCGCGUGUGACACGGGGAAAAAGCUCUCGGAAUCGAACCACCGAGUUAGUUCAAUUCACACGUGGUGCCUUACAGGAAGAUAUUGGUUUUGAAGUCGGAUGUGAAAGGAUUGGUGAAGCAGCCUUUUCCUACAACGACGAUAACAACCGGUGUGAGACCUAUAGCGAUCGAAACGACUGCGACGACAACGACCACCAACUAAGUGAGGAGUGUACCGUUUCCGGCCCCGUCGAAAAAAUAAAGGAAAAGUGUUAGAAGUGCCAUAAAGCGAAGAAAAGCGUACCCAUAGUUAAUCCGUUUCAAAAUAUUUACGCAAUGGACGAAUUCCGGCACCGGUGGGUCAACAACUGUGAAAGGAAACUACUUUCGGUGAAUUGAUUGCAGUUCGGUGCGGAAAAGAGGAAUGAAAAGUGUGAAACACCGGAAAAUUAGGCCCAUGUCGAGCGCAGUAAAAAUAAUAGCGUAACCAUAAUCCGUCUGUUAAUUAAUCAAACCUCAUUAUGCGAUGAUUAUACGCGCCAGUGCGACGAUUUGGGCCACCUUGACUACCAACGCUGUCGAUACGGUCAACGACGACACCUAUUUUUCCGGAUCCCGAGAGAUAUCCGUCUUCGCCGCCAUCAUAUCUACCAAAUUCAUAGAUUGCAGCUUCACCUUGGAUCGCGGAACGGUUUCAAACAUUGCAGCAGCAUGGCCACAGUCACGAGGAAUGCGAAGAUUAUUUUCGGGGGAACCGUGCUGCUUCUCUUGGGCUUCCUGAAAGAAAUGAUGGCUGCAAAAAACUACACAUUAAAGCCGAGGGUGGUUUUACCCGAUGACUACGUCAAAGAGGUAAGACCACCCUCGAAAAAAGGCACCCCCGUAGUGGUAGAGUUCAGCAUAUUCGUCGUCGACAUCAACUCGAUCAACGUGGAGGAUAUGGAUUUCAGAGUAGAUAUGUUCGUGCACCAGAAGUGGGUCGAGUCGCGACUGGACUUGCAUGACGACAUCUUCGAGGAUGGCGACGAUCACGUUAUACUUCCGCCCGAGUUUUUCGACAACCUGUGGCAACCGGAUCCGUACUUUCUGAAUUCGAAAAUAUCAGGUCAAUCUUUUAUAAAUGAUGGUAUAAAUAGGGUUUUGUGUGGCAAAAUCAGUUGUAUGACAUCGAUACGUCAGCAAGAAAUCGCUACCCUCACGCACAAAUUCUCCUCGGUGACACUGUACAAAAACUCAACCGUACGGUACGCCUGCAUGAUGCACGCCAUUAUUGCCUGCCAGAUGGAGUUCCAGCUGUAUCCGAUGGAUAUCCAGAUCUGUCCAAUCUACAUCGAGAGCUUCUCCUAUCACAAUCAGAAGAUCCGGCUCAAGUGGGCCGACAACGGUGUUACCAUCAACCCGGAGCUCAAGCUGCUGCAGUACAAUCUGGGACAGCCACUGCAGCUGGAGGAGACCGAUGGCUACAUGCCGGAGAAAUACGGAAAUUUUUCUCGGCUGGCCGUUUACUUCCGAUUUGAGCGACAAAUUGGUCACCAUCUGAUCCAAACCUUUGCCCCAUCAACGCUGGUGGUGAUGCUAUCGUGGUUCAGUUUUUGGCUGGGCCUGGAUGCCAUUCCGGGACGGGUUACCCUGCUGGUGACGUGCAUGCUGACACUGGUGACAAUGUUCACCGGAAUGCGAGCGGAUAUUCCGCCGGUGGCAUACGUGAAGGCACUGGAUCUAUGGAUGGCGGGUUGCAUGAUGUUUGUGUUCUCGGCGCUGGCCGAGUUCGUGGUCGUCAAAGUGCUGGACGUGCAAUACCAGUACCAGGUGAACAAAGUACCGAAAGUACUUCCAAUGCGAAUAAGUGCCAUGGAAAAGGGUCAGUGUGCCACGGUGGCCAACUGGGAGGGCGGCACGGUAAACGUCCGACCCCGAAAGCCAACCCAAACACCCACAACUCCUGGCCAAGCAUCCCUGCAGGGUAACGGAGGACCUCAACCCCCGCCAGCCAAACAGCCAACGCGAAGGCAAAGUAUCCUUUCGGUGGCGUGGACCGAUACGGACACCGGUAUCGAGAAGAUUAUGUGGCGUGAGAUUGACAAAAUGUCGCGUGUGAUAUUUCCGGGCUUGUUUCUCGUGUUCGUCAUACUGUACUGGCCGAUACUGAUUUUCAAAACGUCUUGAUCGACAAUGGAGCUGUAAAAGCUUGUAUUUAUACAGAAAAUCUUCUAUCUAGAUGCACCCUUAUGCGAUAUAGCUGUACUUGCACCCCUUCUUACUUUUUUUUCUUAUCCAAUCUUUCUAUGUAUAAUUACAAUAAUUACAGUCACUUAUGUUGCCAUACAUUGUACAUUUUAAAGACCCAUAACGAAGAUAAGUUUAGUUAGUUUUCAUUUUCGAAAACGAUUCGGUACUAUUUAUACAACACUAUGAUAGUUACAAAAGACAGACCUUCUGAAAAACAUAGCUCAACGCGCAAGUAAAACUGUCCAGUAGACCAGCCCCAAAAUCCAUGAAAUCCAUAGCACCAAUGUCUGUAAAUAAUAUCAUUUGGUUCACGUAAAACGUCUCC